AUGUUUUACGAAAACAAUAAUCCAUGUUGUGCGUGGAAAUCCAUAACCAGUGUUAUCAUUGAAGAAAGCAAAACGCAAGUUUGGGAGAGAAAUAUAGAUCCAAGAAAGAUUUUGGGACCAGACGAACAUACAAAAAAGUUAGCUCUUGUGAUGUUAGCUGGAUUAAAAGUGAAGAAGGAGAAAGUACAUGAAGAUGCAAAAAAAUUGUUCACCGAAUGGAAGCCAUCAGUGAGGAAAAUGUUGGAAACUUGUCUCACGCUUGAUCCUAGCUUUUCGGAUAUGCAAAAUUAUGCAUUAUUUGAUUCAAAUUUUCCCGUCUACUUACUUGGUAGGAAAUAUGCUUCGCGAAAAGAUAUGGAACAGAUCAAGGAAUCGAUGUCAUCAUUGUUAUGGUUUACAUAUCGAAAAAAUUUUCAGCCUAUUGGUGGCACUGGACCAACAACUGAUCAAGGGUGGGGUUGUAUGUUGCGCUGUGGUCAGAUGUUGUUGGCUCAAGCUUUGAUAGUACGACAUUUAAAUUACAGUUGGUUUUGGAAUCGAAAUAUGAAGUCUACUGAGUAUAUGCGCAUCUUGCGCAUGUUUCAAGAUAAAAAAAGUUGUCUAUUUUCAAUACAUCAGAUAGCUCACAUGGGAGUAUCAGAAGGUAAACAAAUAGGUGAGUGGUUCGGUCCGAAUACAGUAGCUCAGGUCUUGAAAAAACUAGCAGUAUAUGAUCAGUGGUCGCGAUUGGCGGUUCACGUAGCGCUUGAUAAUGUUCUGAUAACUAGUGAUGUACGUACUAUGGCUUGCACUAAGCCUCCUCAACUUAAAUCUGGAUCUCUUCAUCUGAGCAACGAUUGCAAUGAUAAUCAUGAUAUUGUUGGCUCCGCCACAGAUGCAGAUUGGUUUCCAGAAUUAACCAUUUCUCGGUCUCGAAGUGAAACUUCAUUAAGUAGUUGCAGUGGUAUUUGUGAAGAAUGGCGGCCAUUGCUAAUCAUCAUUCCUCUUCGAUUAGGUCUAAAUACAAUCAACGCUUGUUACCUUUCUGCUAUUCAGGUAUUUUUCGCAUUGCCUCAAUGCGUUGGCAUAAUUGGCGGUCGACCCAAUCAUGCUCUCUAUUUCGUUGGGAUCGCAGAUGAUAACUUACUUUAUCUUGAUCCUCAUUUCUGUCAGAAUUAUGUGGAUCUAGAAAAGAUUGUGACAACCACCGAGAAAAAAGAUGGUUAUGUUGUGAUUAGCAUGGAAGAAUUUGAUGACACCACUUAUCACUGUCCAUUUAUUUUAAGUACGAAAUUCGAUAAAAUGGAUCCUUCAUUGGCAAUCGCGUUUCUUUGCCGUACUGAAGAUGAUUAUAAUGAAUUAGCUGAUCAGCUUCGAACGCGUUUGUUGCUUGCUUCAACUCCACCGUUGUUUGAGAUGUUGGAAACGAGACCGAAGAAUUUUCCACCCUUUGUUCCAUAUGUUGGAGAAAAAACGAAGUUGCAAGAUUACACAGAUCUUGGUGAGAUCAACGACAGUUAUGAUGAAUUUGAGAUUCUUGAGUGA